AUGGUAUCCACUACUUCAUAUUCUCUGGCGAUAAAUGGCAAUUCUUACGGUUUUUUUCAUGGAGGUCGGGGUCUUCGGCAAGGGGAUCCUUUAUCGCCUUAUCUGUUCACUAUUGUCAUGGAGGGCUUUUCUAUGAUUCUUCGGCAGUGUAUUCAGGAGGCUACUGAUUUUGGUUAUCAUCGGGGUUGUGAAGCUCUGGAUAUUACGCAUCUUUGUUUUGCGGAUGAUCUGUUUGUUUUUACUAAAGGCGAUGUCCAGUCGGUGGAGGUUCUUAAAAGGGCUCUUUGUCUUUUUCAGCAACGUUCGGGGUUAGAACCUAGCCUUGAAAAGAGUGAGGUCUUUUUUGGGAAUGUGUCUUCUAACAUUAAGGAGACCAUUCUUGCGAGUCUUCCGUUCAAGCAUGGUAUGUUUCCUGUUCGUUACUUGGGUGUCCCUUUAUCUCAAGCUAGGUUGAAGAUUGUUGAUUAUGGACCUUUGAUAGCUAGGGUUAAAGGGUUAGCCCAUGAUCUUGAAUCUAUUUUCCGAAAAUUCCUGUGGGCCCCAAGGGAAAAUCCGCGAGGCGGUCUUGGUAUUAGGCGUAUUGCUACCUGGAAUAGGGCUUUACUUGCGAAACAUGUUUGGGAUAUUCUUAGACAUCGUGAUUCUUUGUGGGUACGAUGGGUGUAUCAUCAUAUUCUUCGCUCUUCUCAUUUCUGGCUGGUUCGGAAGAGCUCCAAUUGGUCAUGGGUUUUCCGUAAGCUGUUGGAUUUACGAGUUCAUUUGCGAUGUUUUCUUUUCUCCAAGAUUGGUAAUGGUCGGGAUACUAAUGCUUGGGAGGACUCUUGGCUGGCUUGUGGUCAUCUUUCGGCCUUCUUAUCCUAUCGGUUUAUACAUUCUUGUGGGUUCUCGACUGGCACAUCGGUUCGAGACCUUCUUAUGAGUAUGGAUGGGGUCUGGCCGGAAGAGUGGUGUAACAGGAUUACUAUGCUCAGUUCUUAUUCUGUUCCAUCUUUGAAUGAUGAUGUUUGUGAUGAAGUUCUUUGGGGGGCUGAUUGCACUUCUCGGUCUCUGUUUUCGGUCAGUACUGYUUGGGAAUCUUUGGAUGGGAAUCACCCGAUUGUACCUUGGUAUAAAUCGGUUUGGUUCUCGGAUCAUAUUCCUAAGCAUGCUUUAUGUUUAUGGCUUGCUUGUCAGAGACGUCUCCCUACACAAGACUGUCUAAUUUGGAAGGAUGAAGCCCCGGAUUUGAAGUGUCCGCUAUGUGGUAAUUGUAUUGAUAGCCAUGCUCAUUUAUUCUUCCAAUGUGUUUUUGCUCGGGAGGUUUGGGAAAGUAUGUUGAUCCUUGUGGACUUGAGGACUAUGCCGUCGUCUUGGGAUCAAAUUGUGGAUAUUCUUUCGGAUCGUAAUCGUCAGCCUAAGCGAUUAAAGCAGAGGCUUGUGGUUACAGCUUCUGUUUAUUAUAUUUGGCAAGAAAGAAAUAGAAGACUUUUUUCUGAAGCUAGCCGUACAACUGUGCAACUUAUCACAAUUAUCAAUAAUACGAUUUCCAUUCGUGCGGCUUGGGUGGAUAGAAGAGGGGCGCCAAGCGUUGCUGUGCUAUGA